GGCAGCAGGGACGUCCACUUGAACGUGCAUUGUGGGACGACGUGAUCGAGCACGCAUUUGGAGCUAUGAAGCUAUGAAGAAGCUAUGAAGUAGCUUACCAGUACCAGACAACUGCAGGAACGCCUUAGCCCCACUAUGGUUCAAUGGCAGCUCUGCACUAUAGAGCACCUGAUGAAUUCAGGGUUUGGCUGUCCUUUUCCACGACAUGGCCUUCAGCUCCUGUUUUGGUUUGCCAACCACUGUGUGACCUGUGAACUCAAUAACUGUGUGGUCAUCAUGCAGCUGGUGUCAGGUUGUCUACCAGAGAGAGGUUUCUAUGGCUUCCACCUGUUUGGCAAUAUUGAAGAACUUCUGCCUGUGAUGAACAGGCCCAGAAAGCGCAAGAGUAAGAGACCGGUUGUGUACUUUGAAGUUGGCAACCUGAACACAGAAACCUACCCAGCUUCUGCAAACCUCCCCACAUAUGUGAGGGAAAAUUAUGAUUUGGAUGGGAACUUUGGUAAUAACAAUAUAGACCGCAUUAUCGUCCGUUACCAGGUCAGAACCAGGGUGGUGGAGACAGUGUAUGUCACUGAGCAUGACGGAGCUGCCUUUGGGAGCUUCAGUACUGCAAGGACUUUUGAAAUCCACCCUGAACUGAUUCAAGCCUUGCAGAGCCCGCAGCUAGAUCUCACCGCCUUUCUCACCCAGACAGGCUACUGGGGAGAUAUGCAGGUGGUUCAGGCUAAUAAUAUGGAAGAGAUUCACUACCUACAACCUUCAGCCCAGCAAAUGUUCAACAUUACAUACAGUGGAUCUACAGCAAGAACACAGCGUGAUAGCUUCAACCAGCAACUAGAUGUCAAUGGAGAGCCAUUCAGCUAUGACCAGCAAGUGCAAUACAUUGUCAACGUUACCUCACACAACAGCCGAUUUAUGGCUUGCAACAGUGAAGUGCAACUUAAAUACAGGAAGCGGAAAGCCAACAAGAGACCAAGAGCUUUGAGGACAAGUUAUUGGCAGUCCGGGAGGGAGAAGCUUUAUAAAGAUUUUGAUGAAGUCAAGAAAGGGAAGGAAGGUGGUGGCAGCUUCGUCAAGAUUCUCCUCAUUGCUGGAAUGCUCUACUUGACAGCCAAAAGUUUAAGCUGGCUGAGGAGCCGGUGGAAGUUGGACUUAAAUGAAAACAUCCUCAGGAUGUUGCCAUGGAGGACUCCAAGUUACCAAUAUCAUAUCCUGCUAGAUUAUGUGUACUAGGAUUUUAGGGAGAAUGUAUUUUUGGUCCAACAUGAAGACAUCAUACAAUGAUUAAAAUGUAAAGACUGAAA